CUGGGAGAGCAGCACAAGAAGCUGUAUGAUACGACGUGGAUCUCUCUCAAGAAUCUCCGGCACACGCCCAGCCACGACUCGACAUUCUGGGCGGAAUAUGCGACCACUGGAAAGCGUUGGCCCGAAAUCAUCUCGAUGCAAGCCCACGCAGAACUGCUGAGACUUCUGGACGAUGACCCUCACAACAUUUCGUGUUCAGAAGAUUGGGUACUCGGUGGCGCAUCGGACAAGUAUCAGAUCAGAUACCUGGCCCACUGUCAGAUCAGUGACAUCGCCGCCAGACACGCCAGGAGCUCGAGGCAUGGCGACGACAGCGAGAGCCUUAUUCGCCUUUUCAUGGAAUGCAAGGAUGGUUUGGGCGUCUUCCUCGAUGAAUUCGACGUCGAAAUAUACGGCAAGUACGAUGUCAUGUUUCGUCGGAUGCUGGCCACGUACUUUCCGGAGCCACUCCGACCAUUUCGUGGCACCAGCACCGUAUGGGAUCCCGUUCUCGGUGAACGGGCGGAUUCGAACAGCAGCCCGGUCUUUCAUUUGUAUCCCUGGAGACAGGCCGCUAGCAUGGAGAAGAUUUUCAUCUCGGGACCACCCGUCGACGUAUUCUCCCCCCAGAACGGGCUCUUUCUUCGUAAACCUAUCCAAAGAGGCCUGGAGCAUGGAAUCAUUGCCAUCAUACCGGACGUGGGCGUGGACAGUUCGUCAACGGAGUUCAAACAGAGGUUGGUAAGAUGGUGGCAGAGUCCCGUCAAAGAGUACCAGAUCGUCGUCAUCGACCCGGAACACCCUGCGGCCUUUGAACCCCUUUAUCUUCAAGCGAGAAGACGGCUGCUUGACUUUGAAGAGCGCAAGUUGGUAUUUAAUGGCGACUUCCGCCCAGACGUCAGGUGCAUGUGGUGGGCUUUCCUCUCUGCCGUCACAGUUGCAGCCUGGCGACGCAAGGGUCAUCCCACAGAGGCGGGAAGAAUCAACAGCGCCAUACGAAAUGCUAUGCGAUACUGGGGUACGCCGCUGGGCUUGAUCAACAAUAACGUGGUGAGCUCGUUCAUGGCGACCAUUGCGGAGAGUACGGAGAACCUGUUGGACGAAGACCAACAAUUCAUGAAGCAGUAUGAUCGGGAUGAUUUGGGCGUGGCGGUCGUUGCCUUCGAACGUGCGAACGCUUUUAGGGACGAGAAGGAAAACUGUGAUUAUCAGUAUGAAGACGAUGACGAGGAUAUGUUCAAAUAUGACACGUAG